AUGGCGCCCGAAAUGACGACUCUCAAGGGCAAGGCCUUUGACAGGGCCUCGCUGGAGUCUCUUAUGAGGCGCCGUAUGUUCUAUACCCCUUCGUUCGAUAUCUACGGCGGUGUUUCUGGCUUGUACGAUUAUGGUCCUCCAGGCAGUGCCUUGACCAACAACAUCAUCGACGUGUGGCGGAAACACUUUGUGCUGAGGGAAAACAUGCUUGAAGUGGACUGCACCAUGUUGACUCCGCACGACGUGCUCAAGACCUCCGGCCAUGUAGACAAGUUCGCCGACUGGAUGUGCAAGGACCCCAAGACCGGCGAGAUCUUCCGCGCAGACCACCUUGUAGAGGAAGUUCUCGAAGCGAGAAUCAAGGGCGACAAGGAGGCGCGUGGCGAAAAAGUUGAGGUGGAAGAGGAAGACCCGAAGAAGAAAAAGAAGAAGGUCAAGAACAUUGCUGUUGUAAAAUUGGACGAUGCUGUCAGGGAUGAGUACAAGGAGGUUCUCAACAAGAUCGAUAACUACAACGGUGAAGAGCUCGGUCGUCUCAUGAAGGAGUACGACAUCCGCAAUCCCGCGAACAACAGCGAGCUCACGCCUCCUGUUGCGUUUAACCUCAUGUUCCAGACCUCGAUUGGUCCCUCCUCGAAUCUCCCCGGUUAUCUCCGUCCAGAAACCGCCCAGGGCCAGUUUCUCAACUUCGCAAAGCUUCUCGAGUUUAAUCAGCAACAAAUGCCCUUCGCGUCCGCAUCCAUUGGCAAGUCUUUCCGUAACGAGAUCUCUCCGCGUCAGGGUCUGUUGCGUGUGCGAGAGUUCUUGAUGGCAGAAAUCGAGCAUUUCGUGGACCCCUCGGGCGGCAAGAAGCACCCUUACUUUGAUGAGGUCAAGGAUGUCGAGCUUGAGCUCCUCAACCGGGAUGUGCAGCUUUCUGGCAAGGCCGACGUUGACACUACGACUAUCGGCAAAGCCGUCGAAACGGGUCUCGUUGACAACGAGACGCUUGGCUACUUCCUUGCGCGCAUUCAGCUUUUCCUUCUCAAGAUCGGUGUCGACCCCAAAAAGAUUCGCUUCAGGCAGCACAUGGCUAACGAGAUGGCACACUACGCGGCAGACUGCUGGGAUGCCGAGCUGUUAACGUCCUACGGUUGGAUUGAGUGUGUUGGCUGUGCCGACCGUAGCGCAUACGACCUGUCGGUUCACAUGAAAAAAACAGGUGCUCCUCUUGUAGUACGCGAGCCUCGCAAGGAGCCCCUCAAGAUCGAGGAGUGGCAGUGCGAUCUUGAUAAGAAAAAGUUCGGUCCCAAGUUUAAGAAGGAUGGUAAGACGGUGGAAGCUGCCAUUGAAUCUCUCUCCCAAGAUAUCCGCGAAAAACUGUCGCUGGAUCUGCAAAAGGAUGGCAAGAUUACAAUUGACGUCCCUGGCGUUGGUGACGGCAAGGUCGAGGUGCCGAAGGAGCUGAUCACGAUCGAGAAGCGAACCCGGGUGGAGAACGUGAGGGAGUACACGCCCAACGUCAUCGAGCCAUCAUUUGGCAUUGGCCGAAUCUUCUAUGCGCUCUGCGAACACUCUUACUGGACGCGCGAGCAGGAUGAGGCGCGUGGCGUGCUCUCUUUCCCUCCUACAGUUGCCCCCACCAAAGUUCUCAUUGUGCCCUUGAGCUCGCACGGUGAUUUCAAGCCUUUCGUACGCAAGUUGACCAACAAGCUACAAGACGCUGGCGUCUCCAACCGCGUCGACGAUUCGGGUGCUUCCAUCGGCAAGCGUUACUCGCGCAAUGACGAGCUUGGUACGCCAUUGGGCAUCACAAUUGACUUCCAAUCCGUCAAAGACAACACUUUCACAUUGCGAGACCGCGACUCGACGGAACAGGUGCGCGGUAGCCUGGACGAAAUUGUUGCGGCCAUAUCUAGCCUAGUGGAAGGUAGAGAAAAAUGGGCAGAUAUUUCGAAGCGUCUACCCAAGUUUGAAGGCCAGGAAGAGGGUGUAGGUCCGUCUUGA